UAAUAAAAUUUGGAGUGUGAGUGUUAAUGGUAACCUAGGUGAAAGAUUUGGAAAAGCAAGUGAUGAAGCAAAAAGAAGUUGGAGUGAUGUACAAGAGAAGAAUGGAAAGAACACAAGACUACCUAAGAUACUGUCUUCAGACAGCACAAGAAAAUGGAAUGUUGGACAUCAUUCUCAGCUGCAAUGGAGAAUUUCAACCAUCUCCACUCUCUCUUCACUCCAUUACCAGCCCUCAAGCUCAUGCCCACCACCCCAAUCUGGCACCCAUUAUUCAUCAAGCUAAAACCAAUGGCUGGUACAUUCAUCCAAAUGAGAUUGAAUUGGAAGAAAAAAUUGGGGAAGGAAGCACCGCAGAGAUUCACAGGGGAACAUGGCGUGGAUUUGAGGUCGCUGUGAAGUGCAUAUCGCAAGAAUUUUUCCGUACAAAUGAAAACGGCGUCGUUUACUUCUCCCAGGAACUCGAAACGCUGUCGCGCCAGCGCCACAGGUUCGUGCUUCAGCUCAUGGGCGCGUGCAUCCAGCCUCCACAGCACGCGUGGGUGGUCACCGAGUACCUCAGCACCACGCUGAAGGAGUGGCUCCAUGGGCCUGGGAACCGGCGCAGGGAGAGGAUGGUGCCACUUCCACCCUUGCAGGAGAGAGUGGGCCGGGCCUUGGAAAUAGCCCAAGCUAUGCAGUACCUGCACGAGCAAAAGCCCAAACUCGUUCACCGCGACUUGAAGCCCAGCAACAUUUUUCUUGAUGACGCCCUGCACGUUAGAGUAGCGGACUUCGGCCACGCACGGUUCUUGGGUGACGAAGAAAUGGCCCUCACCGGAGAAACAGGAACAUACGUUUACAUGGCACCCGAGGUAAUCCGUUGUGAACCUUACAAUGAAAGUUGCGAUGUGUACAGUUUUGGGAUCAUACUGAACGAGCUACUAACUGGGAAUUACCCUUAUGUUGAGACAGAGUAUGGUCCCACCAAGAUUGCCAUGGAAGUUGUGGAGGGUAAGCUUCGACCUAAGCUUCCAUGUGAUGAUGAUGUUGAUGAAGUGGGAGAGCUUAUUGACCUUAUUUGUCUUUGUUGGCACCAAAAUCCAACUACUCGUCCAUCCUUUGCAACAAUCACUCUUUCUCUCAAAACUUAUGUUAACAACAAUCUCAUUUAAUCUGUCAUACACUUCAUCACACCAGUUAAUAAACAGAGUAUAAAUAGCUUAUAUUCAUGGUGGAUUCUAUACAUUAAUUUAAUUGUGUUAUCGAUUUAUUUGAAAUUCUGUAACAUUUAUUUGAUUAAUAUACACACGCAUAUAUAUAAUUUCCAAAAUUUAAACCCACAAAAAAAGUAGCUUAACAUAUGACAAAAACAUAGCACUCGAACUUAAUAUUUUCCGAAAAUUCCAUGCUACCCAACAAUGUUUUAUCCUCUUUGAUCGACCACAAAGCCACAUCCUUUGAGACCUUAAACUAUCCAAGUGAUCAAUCCCAAAUAACCCUAUCUUCAAUCCAAGGUACAAAACCUGCCACGUCAUCACAA